GCGAGCUUCAUUCAGUCGAGCAAGGAGCGGACUUGGUGGGAAGUGGUGCCGCAAACCACUUCUUCCAUCUUUCAUCAUGAUUCUCUUCCCCGUGCAUACUCUGUAGGCCCUGGUGCACCAAAAGGACUAACUCUCUCGACAAACACCAUCGAACUCUGGGCUACUAUUACUAUAGCUUGGACCGAGUGUGUCGCCUACACACACCUACACCCCACCGAGACAUGCACAACAUGCCGCCAGAUCCUUCGAGAUGUUCAACGUCGACGUACCGGACAACACUAAAAGUCCGGAGAACAUCGCUUCCAACGUCAUUCUCGCCUCUGUUUUGGCCCCGGUCUUUGCGAUAAUCUUUGUCGUCCUCCGAUUGUAUACCGCGCGCUCCAUCUUGCGCGUGAGCCACAAGGAUGAUUGGCUCAUUCUCAUUGCCGUCAUCUUGUCCGUCCUAUACUCCGCCACCCUCAUUGCUAGUACGCCAGAAUCCGUUCUAUCAUCUUCUCAGCAGCACGCUUGGGAAUACCACGACUGGAGCGAGCGCUGA